GACGACGCGAAAAACAGGGGGAGCAAGCAUUCGACGCCCAAUUCCCGUGAGUUUGCAUCCCAUCCCGUCCCUCCACCCCUCCGCACAACUCCCUCGACAACUCCAAGACGCAGUGUCUCUCGCACCUGCAACCACCGAAGCGCCUGUCUCUCACCAAAUCUUACUGGACUUCUCAAUUUAUGAACCCGUAACGUUCAAAAAUACCACCAAAAAAUAAUGAGUUCCCCGCUUCGCGAGCACCCGUCCUCGGCGAACCGAGGUAUGCCGCCUGGGAGAGCUGGCCGGAAGCGUGCUCGCAAUAAUGGUGACGAUGCCGCUUCCUCCGUAGGCGGCGCCUCGAGCCCCAUCAUGCCCUCUUCCCCGCCCGCCUUCAACAUUGCCCAUGGCGGUGACGACGACGACGACAUUGAGGAAGCGGCCGAGAUUCAAGACGACAUCGAUGACCUUGACGAGAUGGCCGAAGACGAUGUCGACCUGUUCCGAGAGGGCUUCGAGCGGGAUUACAACGAUAGGGCCGACGAUGCCUACGAAGGCAUCGACCUUGAUGACGAGGGCGACUUUGAUGCCAUGAACUUGGGCGACAGACGCCGCCUGGAGGCCCAACUCAGCCGCAGAGACCGCGAAGUUGCCCGGAGACAGCGCAUUCCCGCUGCCUUCCUUCCUGGCGAGGACGAUGACGGCGAUAUCGAUCUCACGGCUCAGCCCCGCCGGCGCAGGCAUCGGUACGAUGAGGACCCCGACGAGGAUAUGGAUGCCGAUAUCAUGGACGAGGAACUUUCACUGGAGGCUCUGCACGAUGUCAAGGCCUCCAGCUUAACCGAUUGGGUGGCUCAGCCAGCCGUGCAGCGAACCAUCAAGAGGGAGUUCAAGGCUUUCCUCACCGAGUACACCGACGACAGCGGCUCGUCAGUCUACGGCAACCGCAUCCGCACGCUUGGUGAGAUCAACGCCGAGACUCUGGAGGUGUCAUAUGAGCAUCUCUCCACCUCGAAAGCCAUCUUGGCCUACUUCCUUGCCAACGCCCCGGCCGCGAUGCUCAAGCUGUUCGACCAAGUAGCCAUGGACGUCGUCCUACUUCACUACCCCGAUUACGAGCGCAUCCACUCCGAAAUCCACGUCCGUAUCUUUGACCUCCCCGUCCACUACACCCUCCGCCAGCUUCGCCAAUCCCACCUCAACUGUCUUGUGCGAGUGAGUGGAGUCGUGACUAGGCGGUCUGGUGUUUUCCCGCAGCUCAAGUACGUCAAGUUUGACUGCGGUAAGUGCGGCAUCACCCUGGGCCCUUUCCAGCAAGAGUCGAACGUCGAAGUCAAGAUCUCGUACUGCCAGAGCUGCCAGUCCCGCGGCCCCUUUUCCCUCAACUCGGAGAAGACCGUCUACCGGAACUACCAGAAGCUCACCCUUCAAGAGUCUCCGGGCACCGUUCCCGCCGGCCGUCUUCCCCGGCAUCGCGAGGUGAUUCUGCUCUGGGAUCUCAUCGAUAAGGCCAAGCCCGGCGAGGAGAUCGAGGUCACGGGCAUCUACCAGAACAAUUACGACGCUCAGCUGAACAACCGCAACGGCUUCCCCGUUUUCGCCACCAUCCUCGAGGCGAACAACGUUGUGAAGUCGCACGACCAGCUGGCCGGUUUCCGCAUGACCGAGGAGGACGAGCACAAGAUCCGUCAACUAUCCAAGGACCCCCAUAUCGUCGACAAGGUCGUCAACUCGAUGGCCCCCAGUAUCUACGGCCACACCGACAUCAAGACCGCAGUCGCCCUAUCCCUCUUCGGUGGCGUGGCCAAGAACACCAGAGGCGCCCACCACAUCCGAGGUGACAUCAACGUGCUGCUCCUCGGCGACCCGGGUACCGCCAAGUCGCAAGUCCUCAAAUAUGUCGAGAAGACGGCCCACAGAGCCGUCUUUGCCACCGGCCAGGGCGCCAGCGCCGUCGGUCUCACGGCUAGUGUCCGGCGAGACCCGCUGACAAGUGAGUGGACGCUCGAGGGCGGCGCGCUGGUGCUCGCCGACAAAGGCACCUGCCUGAUCGACGAAUUCGACAAGAUGAACGACCAGGACCGUACUUCCAUCCACGAGGCCAUGGAGCAGCAGACCAUCUCCAUCUCCAAGGCUGGCAUCGUCACGACCCUCCAAGCCCGCUGCGGCAUCAUCGCCGCUGCCAACCCCAUCGGUGGGCGCUACAACUCAACCAUCCCCUUUUCAGCCAACGUCGAACUCACCGAGCCCAUUCUCUCCCGUUUCGAUAUCCUCUGUGUUGUCCGCGACACGGUAGAGCCCGAGGAGGACGAGCGACUGGCGCGCUUCAUCGUCGGCUCUCACAGUCGCAGUCACCCCAUGACAAACCACCACACACAGGGAACGGCGGCUAGCAAUGGCGGCGAAUCAAUGGAAGUCGAGGCCGACUCCGGGCGCACCGACACACAAUCCACUGCCGCGGAACGCAACAAGGAGGGAGAAAUCCCCCAGGAGCUGCUGCGCAAGUACAUCCUCUACGCCCGCGAUCGCUGCUCGCCCAAGCUCUACCACAUGGACGAGGACAAGGUAGCCCGCCUAUUCGCCGAUAUGCGUCGCGAGAGUCUGGCGACGGGCGCCUAUCCCAUCACCGUCCGCCAUCUCGAAGCCAUCAUCCGCAUCUCGGAGGCCUUCUGCCGCAUGCGCCUGUCCGAGUACUGCACGUCGCAGGACAUUGACCGCGCCAUCGCCGUCACCGUCGACAGCUUUGUGGGCAGCCAGAAGGUCAGCUGCAAGAAGGCGCUCGCGAGGGCCUUUGCCAAGUAUACCCUUGCCAGGCCUGGCCAGGGGCAGCAGAGGCGGGGCGGCGCUGGGAGGGGGAGGGGAGGGAGGCAGGGGGUUGUUUCGGCUUGA